CCUUAUUAAUGGCACCAAUUCGGGCUUUCAGAGGGCUGAUGGUGCAAUUCCGAAAGUCGAAGUCGGGGAAGACCACCGGCAGCGUGUGAGUGGUUGGUCCCCCUCCGGAAUGUACCAUCAAGGUACCUGCAUCCCACUUCUUGCCUCUCCCUGUCUGUCAGCCUGCAUCUCGGUUCGUUUGGAAUUUCUUCAAUUCCCCUUCGCAUCUGACACACCUCGCUGUAAUGAACCAGUGAGUCCGUUGUUGGUACUGUCGUGAUCAUAUCUCCCAUCCCAUCAUGACCUAGGAUUUAUCCACCGCCGGCCCCAAACUUCCAGCGACGACAUCACAUUUUCACCAUGGCGACAUCGCUGACAUCAGGCGCGUUUCCUGGCCCAUUCACCAUUACGCGAACCAAGGUCUUCCUGCUGGUUUCCCUGGCAUUGACCUGGUGGUUUGCCUCCCUGUUUCCGCACUACAAGCCAGUGAUUCAGGAGACGUUCAAGGCGAGAUUAAACGAUGCGCUCCUGAAGCUACCAUCCAUCCAAGUCGACUGGGACACGUCGGUGGAGGUUUCUGAGGCAUACAAUGCGUCCAAAGUCGCCAUCAUAAUCGAGCCAAGGCCACUGCCGCAUCUUGUACCGCACAUCUUGUACAUGAUGAACGUGGUGCCCCCUGAAUGGCGCUUUGUCUUCAUAGGCUCAAAAAGUAGUGUAACGGGCAUGGAGGAGUCGGCGGCCGUCAAACACCGCCAAAUCAUCGGGAAGCUGGACUUGAUGGUGCUGCCGGAGCCUUGGGAGAUUGACUCCAAGGAGAAAGUGUUUCGAACACUGACGGAUAUCCGAUUUUACGACGAGUUCUUGCCGGGCGUCGAAUAUUUGUUAAAGUACGAGGCCGACAGCAUCUUGUGCGCCAAUUCCGAGGACAGCUUGAACGACUGGCUGGAUUGGGACUUUGUUGGCGCACCGAGGAGGGCAGAUGAUCAUUUUGCGGGCAAUGGCGGUCUGUCACUUCGACGUGUGUCAACCAUCAAGAGGGUGCUCAGCUUCCAAGCCAGAUUGAACGACAGCGACCCCGAGGACGAGUGGUUUGGAAAGCGCGUCUAUGUCUUGCCGGGCGCCAAGGUUGCGUCGGGUGUUGAAGAGGCUCUGGCGGUAGAAGACGUCUACCGCGAGGGAGCCAUGGGCUACCAUGUUCGUGAUGGCGGCAACAACAUUGCUGAUGCUGUCUGGAAGCAGCCUGAGCAAAGGAAGAAGAUAUUUCAAUAUUGCCCAGAGUUGACCAUGAUCAUGGAGAUGAAGCUCGAGAGGCAGCGGUGUCCAGGGGAUAAGGGGACGGGUCGCGAAUGA